AAUUCAAUAAAUGUGAUUUAGCUGGUCUUGUUCAGGCGGUUGAGGAUUACGACGAUCGAUCGAAGGAGACGAUGAAGAUCUUCCACGUUCCUUGUCUACAAGACAACUACUCUUAUCUGAUAAUUGAUGAGACCACCGGAGACGCGGCGGUUGUGGAUCCAGUUGAUCCGGAGAAGCUGAUCGCAUCAGCUGAGCAGCACCAGGUUAAAAUCAAGUUCGUGCUCACCACACAUCAUCAUUGGGAUCAUGCUGGUGGAAACGAGAAGAUAAAGCAGUUGGUCCCUGGGAUCAAAGUAUAUGGAGGUUCUCUGGAUAAGGUGAAGGGAUGCACUGAUGCGGUUGAUAAUGGGGACAAAGUGUCUUUGGGUCAGGAUGUCAACAUUUUGGCGCUCCACACCCCGUGCCACACCAAGGGUCACAUUAGUUAUCAUGUGACUGGCAAAGAAGGAGAAACCCCAGCCGUAUUCACCGGAGAUACACUUUUUGUUGCUGGCUGCGGGAAGUUUUUCGAAGGGACAGCUGAACAGAUGCAUCAGUCGUUGUGUUUAACUCUGGCUGCAUUACCUAAAACGACACAGGUUUACUGCGGCCACGAGUACACCGUUAAGAACUUGGAAUUUGCUCUAACUGUGGAACCAAACAAUGAGAAGAUACAGCAGAAGUUAUCAUGGGCCCGUCAACAGCGCCAAGCAAAUCUUCCCACAAUCCCUUCAACACUAGAGGAAGAGCUCGAAACAAAUCCCUUUAUGCGCGCUGAUAAGCCAGAGAUACAGGAGAAACUCGGUUGCAAGUCCCCCAUUGACACACUAAGGGAAAUCCGGAACAAGAAAGAUCAGUGGAGGGGAUAAUAAAUGGAGGAGCUUCUUGACUAUAUAUAUGCUUUAUGUGUGUUGUUCGUCACUUGAGUGAUACUGUAAAAGGUGUAUGGACUUGUGAUGUUUGGUAAACCAAAAUCAGACCGAUUUGUAAAAGCCGUCCACACUGUUUUGAAUUUUAAGUUUGUUGUGGAUAAGUUACUGUUUGAUCCCACCGUCGUCUUCAUUGAA